AUGUCGAAAGAUAAAAAACUCAAAACAGGUGGUAAAGACAUCCAUCCCAAUAGUCGAAAAGCCAAGCAAAUCUCCAGAUUAGAAUGUCAUGCUGGUCGUGUUGUGAAAAAACGUCAGAAUACAAAAGCAAAAUAUAAUAAUCUAUGUGAGCGAAUUCAAUGGUUCAAAGAUCAAUUAAGUUCCGAUCAAAGUCAUUUAUCCAAACAAGAAAUUCAUGAAUUGAUCGAACGAUAUCUACAGCGAUUUCAAGAUGAACUUGAGCAGAUCGAUCUGAAAAAUCAAAUAGGUCAACGGCAGAAAACACCGCAAUAUGCCUCACGAAAAGCAUUGAUUGAUUCAACAAUCACUUCUGAACGACAUGAAUAUGAAACCAACGGUUUUGAAGUCCCAAAUCUGCUCCAACCAGAUGCUGUCAAAGAACUUCGAAAUUGGGAUGGUAGUGUUCGGUUUAUGCCCCGCCUGAAAUUAUGUUUAGUUAAACAUAGUAACUCAGCAUCGAAUAAGACUGAUCAAAUUGUUGACAUUGAUCACGAAAGUGAAUCAAUGGAUAAUGAUAAUGAAUAA